AUGAGCACCGAAUUCGAUACUGCGAACGGUUUAGCAACCACUAUACGACGUCAGUUCGUCAAUGGCGGCACAGUGGAUAAUUCUUUCGAUCAGAAUCAGUCCCGGGGACCAUCACCUGAUCAAAUGCCAGUGUUCGGUUUCUUGCAUAAAUUUGCGUCUAGUCAAUCCGGUACCAACAACAUGAUCCGUAGGCAUUACAAAGACUACGCAGCUACCGCAAAAGAGGCCAAACUUUGGACCAGGAAGCUGCGAAAUGACGUAGCAUACUACUAUGCCCAGGAUAAAGUUACAGAUACGCAUGCAGAAAUAUCUUCGCUAUCAGAAGAGGAGUCGUACUACGCCAUCGUCGCACUUUCUGCCCGCCAGAUCCUGGCCGCAAACGUCCUCACAGAAUCUGCCGAUAACACCACAGGUCCAACUAUAUUUCAGAAAGAGAUCUCAUCAGACGGUAAAGUGAAUACAGCAGAUGUCAUCUACCCUGCGUUACCUUUCUGGCUCUAUGCAAACCCAGAGCUUCUUCGCUUACUACUCAAGCCCGUCUUCGAGUUCCAGGAAUCUGGACUCUAUCAUGAGCGAUACGCCAUGCACGAUAUCGGGCGCUUCUACCCAAACGCCAUAGGCUACUACAGCUCUACCAUUCCCGACGAAGAAGGAGAAGAAGCGAUGCCCGUUGAAGAGAGCGCGAACAUGGUUAUUCUGGCAGCUUCGUACUACUUGGCCACCAACGACACAGCAUUCCUUGUUAGCCACUACGAUAUCCUCAAGCGAUGGUCGCAAUACCUCAUAGACAAUUGCCCAUACCCUGAGCAUCAGACCACGACAGAUGAUUUCAACGAACCCAUCGCCAACAACACCAACCUCGCAAUAAAAGGCAUCGUAGCCCUAAAUUGCAUGAGUGUCAUUGUCGGAGCCCUUGGCGAAGACGGCUAUGCAGCAGGCAGAUGGCUGCGCAACGCGGAAUUCUACUAUACCCUCUGGUCCGAAUCAGCCAUGGACCCCUCGGCCUACCACACUCUUCUCGCUUACAACCUGCCUGACUCCUACAGCAUCCUUUACAACAUCUUCCCCGCCCUACUCUUCAAUCUGCGUGCAAUCCCCAAAUCUCUCUUCACCAUGCAGUCAGACUUUUACCCGACUGUCGCCCAGAAGUAUGGCGUUCCCCUCGAUAACAGACGCCUGUGGACCAAGAGCGAUUGGGAGAUGUGGGCUGCGGCUACGAGUCGACCUGAAACAAGAGCCUUGUUUGUGAACUCGUUGGCGAAGUGGAUCAAUGAGACGAGUACGGACAAGGCGCUUUCUGAUCACUUUAUGACGACGGGGGAUGGGGGUUAUACGGAUUACCCGUUUGUGGCAAGGCCAGUCGUUGGGGGGCAUUUCGCGCUGCUGGCGAUGGGUCUUUUUGGGAGACAUGGGGUUCUGGAUGGAGAAGAUAAGUAA